GGGCGCGCGCGCCCCUGGAAUCAGGCGCGCGCGCGCUGUGCGCAGAUGUGUCGCAGAUUUUGUAAAGUCACUGAACACCCGGGAAAAUCCAGCAACACGAGGAAACGGUUCCAGAUAAAUGCGCCCGAAACUGCGAGGAAAACAAGAAGCAGGCGAGAGCGGACGGAAACGAGCCGUUUAACGGGAAAACAGCCGUUACUCUGGCCGUUAGAAAGCCCAACGGCUGGCGUGCGCAGAUGAUGGAGCUGUCUGCGAUCGGAGAGCAAGUGUUUGCUGUGGAAUCAAUCGUCAAGAAGAGAGUUCGGAAGGGAAACGUGGAGUAUCUGCUGAAGUGGAAAGGAUGGCCUCCAAAGUACAGCACGUGGGAACCCGAGGAGCACAUUCUGGACCAGCGCUUAGUGCAGGCUUACGAGGAGAAAGAGCAGAGGGACAGAGUUCUGGGUCACAGGAGGAGAGGACCCAAAGCCAAAAAAGUCAUACAGGACGCGGUCUACACCAUGGAUCUGCGGAGCGCACACAAAGCUCCAGAAACUCCUCGUCUGCGUCUCUCCUUGACUCGCUCGCCGGUUCCAGACGCUGACCAUCAGCCCUACAGUCGUACCUGCGGGCAGCAAACGCAUCGCACAGCCCGGCCCAGCAGGUCGCCGUUCGAGUACCUUGACUCAAACCCCCCGACUCCGACACGAGAGGGCUGGGAAGGCCAUGGGGAGGAAGAGGAGGUGGACGGGUGUGAAGAUAAGGCGGACAUGAGCGGCGGUGUUCUAAACGGACAGAGGACAGCGGACGAGUGGAGCACUGUUGUUGGACCAGAUGAUGUCACUGCGUUGGUGAGGUCUGACAUCUGGCGACCCGAGACUGGAGCCGGGGACGUGACAGUCACAGACGUCACCAUCAACUCCCUCACGGUGACUUUCCGAGAGUCACAAGUGGCCAAAGGCUUCUUCAGAGACUGGGGCCUGGAGGUCUGAGACCCGGAGGUCACUGUGGGGGGUUUGGGGGAGGUGGGGACUCAGAACCUUCCAGCCUGGUCAGCGAUAUGUCUACAUGCACAGGGUCACUGACAAACCCAACUCUGCACUGAUUAAUUAUGUUUUUUGCCAUUAUGCAGCUCACAAAUUAAUAACAUAACAUCCAGAAUUACAAUAAUCAGAAUUUUAAUUUAGAGAG